AUGUCUCCACCCCUUCAACUCAUCAGUCAACGUGGGGUCCUGGUACGACUGCAAACAGAAGCAGAGUCACUAGCCAGUGAAAGUCCUUUCUUGGCUUGGGCUGGACUCAGAUUUGACCACACGGAGUUAGUUCGAAGGUGCCGCUCAGCCAUGAGUACAAGUGCCAGUCUGCGUGCGCAUCGGGUCAAGGCAGAACCUGCUAGCGACGGCAACAACUGGUCAGAUAGUGACCACGGCGGAGGGGUCCGCGUUGAAGAAGGGGGAAGCUUUUUGCGGAGACUGAUGGAGCUUCCAACCCCACAGCUGUCACGGCAUCAGCUAAAACGGCUGGACGAACACCGGUACAGCAGCGCAGGGCGAUCCCUGUUGGAACCCUACAUGCAAGGAUACUGGGAGUGGCUGGUGGGCCGUCUUCCCACCUGGAUGGCUCCGAACCUUAUCACCAUUAUCGGUUUAGCCACCAACAUCCUUACUACUUUGAUCCUGGUCUACUAUUGCCCCACUGCCACAGAGCAGGCACCUCAAUGGGCAUACGUGGCAUGUGCUGUGGGUCUUUUCAUCUACCAAUCACUGGAUGCCAUCGAUGGGAAGCAGGCUCGCCGCACCCAUAGCAGCACUCCACUCGGCGAGCUCUUUGACCAUGGAUGUGACUCCCUCUCCACAGUAUUUGUGGUAUUGGGGAGCUGCAUCGCUGUGCAGUUAGGCACUAAUCCAGACUGGAUGUUUUUCUGCUGCUUUUCGGGCAUAUUCAUGUUCUACUGCGCCCACUGGCAAACCUAUGUCACUGGCACCCUUCGCUUUGGCAUCAUUGAUGUGACUGAGGUGCAAAUCUUCAUUAUAACCAUGUACUUGUCAUCUGCUUUUGGAGGAACAGCUUUUUGGCAGUCCUCGAUUCCAGUGCUGAAUAUCCAGUUUAAGAUUGUCCCUGCCAUCUGCACCUUGAUCGGGGCCAUCUUUUCCUGCACCAACUAUUUCCGGGUCAUCUUCACCGGAGGCAUGGGCAAAAACGGAUCCACCAUCGCAGGAACGAGUGUCUUAUCCCCGUCCUUCCACAUAGGUGUGGUGAUGACUCUGGCUCUAGUGAUUUAUAAGAAGUCUUCAGUUCAGCUUUUUGAAAGACACCCCUGUCUCUACAUCUUAUCCUUUGGCUUCGUCUCAGCAAAAAUCACCAACAAACUGGUGGUUGCUCACAUGACGAAAAGUGAGAUGCAGCGGUAUGAUCUGGCCUUUGUGGGUCCAGUCUUGCUCUUACUGAAUCAGUAUUUCAACAGCUUUAUUGACGAGUAUUGGGUCCUUUGGAUUGCCCUGGUCCUGUCUGGACUGGAUCUUGUGCGCUACUGCACGAGCGUGUGCAAUCAGAUCGCUUCACACCUGCACAUCUCUAUCUUCAGGAUCAAGCCACCGGAAACUAUCCCUAAUCCGCAAAACCACCCCAACCACCACUAA